CGGACCUCUCUGAAGGAAACUGCGGCGCCUGCUCGUCCUAGCCUUGCCUUUGGCUGGGAGUCCUGGGUCUGCCGGGUCUGGCCUCUGGGGCCACGGGCUGGCUUUCCCUGAUGUAUGGCAAGAGCCCCGCGCGUGUGCUUCCACUUCUCCUGAGCUUACAGCUCACAGCUGCUGUGGAAAUUUACACCUCCGGGGCCCUGGAGGCAGUCAACGGGACAGAUGUUCGGUUAAAAUGCACUUUCUCCAGCUUCGCUCCUGUGGGAGAUGCACUAACUGUGACGUGGAAUUUCCGACCUCGAGAUGGGGGUCGUGAGCAGUUUGUAUUCUACUACCACAUGGAUCCCUUCAGACCCAUGAGUGGACGGUUCAAAGACCGGGUGGUCUGGGAUGGAAACCCUGAGCGGUACGAUGUCUCCAUCUUGCUCUGGAAGCUGCAGUUUGACGACAAUGGGACAUACACCUGUCAGGUGAAGAAUCCACCUGAUGUUGACGGUCUCAUCGGGACAAUACGGCUCAGUGUUGUGCACACUGUGCCCUUCUCUGAGAUCUACUUCCUGGCGGUGGCCAUUGGCUCUGCUUGCGCACUGAUGAUUAUCAUCGUCAUCGUGGUGGUCCUCUUCCAGCACUUCCGGAAAAAGCGAUUUGCGGAAAGGGCCGAUAAAGCUGAGGGGACAAAAUCAAAAGAAGAAGAGAAACUCAACCAAGGGGCCAAGGUCUCUGUUUAUGUGGAAGAUACAGACUAACACUGUGAGAAGCUGAGGAUUUUCAAAGACUGCACCAGCACCCCCUUGAAAUCAAUGGACAUGUUUCCAGCGAUGACCUGUCAUCCUACAGGUUCUGCAGCACAAACCUGCCUAGAUGAGCAACGCCCCUGACUGGCAGCUUAGGGUUCUGCCUGAGCCACUGGACUCAGGCUUACCUUCAUCACUAGGGUUCUGUCUAAUCCCAGAGCACAACUGUGUGUCAGCUUUUGUAAACUGAGAGGUUACAUAUUUGUCCUUCCACAUGCCUAUGGUGUGUGACUCCUAUAUUCCUGUGUAUAUUGGCAUCAAAGGGGUAAGAAGCCAGCUAGCUUGUUUACCCAGACAUACGUUCUCACAUUUCAGUUUCUUUAGAACAUCGCACAGGUGUGCUAAAGGGUCUGGAGAGAUGGCUCAUCUAUCCUCUUUCAGCAGAUCCCAGUUCAGUUCCCAGCACCCAUUUGGUGGCUCACAACCAUCAGUAUCCAGUUACAGGGGAUGUAGAACUCUCUUCUGGUAUCUGCAGGCACUGAAUGCACAUGGUACAUGCAGGCAACCAUCCUCCCCGCCCCCAUAAGAUAAAUUAAGUCAUAAAAAGAUGAGCUAAAUCUUCCAGCCAUUCUUGAUUAAAACCAAACCCCAAAAUUCACACUGGAAGUCCGAUUUUCAUGGCUGUUUUGAAAUGGAAACAUCCUGUCUUACUGAUUAUUUUUCAGUGUUCUAGGUUUAUUGUGUUGUCAAUUACUCUAAGGUUUAUAGGUGACAGUGCAAGUCUGAGCACAAUAACUACAAAAGGUCCCCAGAACACCAGGAUAUCAGCAAGUGCUACCAGGAUGAAUCUCUCAGUACCACUUUUGUAUUUAUUUAUUUAUUUUUAGACAGGUUCUCACUAUGUAGCGCUGGCUGGUCUAGAGCUAACUAUGCAGAGUUGGCCUCAAACCUAGAGACCCCCUGUCUCAGCUCUCAAGUGUCCCACCAACGUCUAGCCCAACUGGAGGUUUGUAAUGAGCACUGAUUGCUUGGUAUGUGUUCUCUUCCACCCCUACCUUAGAAGAUUCUGUUCAUUUGCAGGUUGGAGUCAUUGAGCAAUUAGAAGACGUUGUGAUAUACUACAACUUAAAAAAAAAAAUUAGAUUUGUGAAGAAGGCCAACCCAAAGCAAAUGACCAUUUUUAACAGUCUUAUGUGUGAGAACUGGAAGAGAUUAUUUAAAGUUCUUUUGGUUUUAAUUCACCUUAUUUUAAGGAGAACUUCCCGUGGGUCAAAGAAAUACCAAAACUACCUAAAUGGAGUGAACCAAUUUUAUUUUUCCCUUUAUUUGAGUGUAAAGCAAACUUCUCAAGAGGCCUAUGGAAAGAGGAGGGAUGGCUUUCUUCCUUUCAUCUAGUUACACGGUCUGUGCACACCAGCACUGUUUGGAGUGCAGAGGACAUCUAAAAGUUCAGGUCCAGGGUGAAUCUUUGCGACGUGAUGGUUUAGUCUUCACUGACUGGGCUGCACAGAUUAUUAUUAUUUUUAAUAAACUGGAAUUUCCAAAAGA